AUGGUCUUACCCUUAUACUUAUUAACAAGUGCUAAGAAUCAACAAAUAUUAGUUGAAUUGAAAAAUGGAGAAACUAUAAAUGGAACUUUGGUUAAUUGUGAUUCUUGGAUGAACCUUACAUUAUCUGAUGUAAUCCAAUCUUUUAAUGACGGUGAAUCUUUCCAUAAAUUGAAAGAAAUUUAUAUUCGUGGUAAUCAUAUAAAAUACUUGAGAAUGAAUGAAUCAAUCAUGGACCGUGCUAAAGAACAAAAUGCUAUUAAUUUAGAACAAAGAAACAGAAACCAAAAGAGGAGAACUGGGUACGGUGGUGGUCAUUAUGGCGGAGGUAACAGAAGAAACUUUAAUCGUAAUUCUGGCCAAUAUAACAACCAAGGUGGCCGUCGUUACAACAAUAAUAAUAACUACAAUAAUAACAAUUAUCAAGGUCAUAAUAACCAUUCUGGCUCAAGCUUUCAACAAGCCCAAGGAAGUCAAAUUCAAGAAACUAUUUAAUCUCGGGUAUGAUGAUGCUUCGUAUUAUGCUUUAUAUUUUCAUUUCUUAAAUGGUUUAUUCUUUUCUUUUUUGAUGUUAAUGAUCAC